AGCCUGCUUACAUGCAGUCUGACACAUGGAGUGGGUUUAAAAGGACGCUUAACGGUAGUUGGAUAUUCGUUAUAUAAGAAAUUAUCAGUAAUUCAAAAUGGGAGCUACUGUUUCAAGAACUGAUUUUGAGUGGUCCUACACACAGGAGCCACAUGCAACUCGACGAAAAGAAAUGCUUGGGAAGUACCCAGAGAUGAAGAAGUUGAUGGGCCACGAACCCAACACCAAGUAUAUCGUGUUGGCGGCGGUAGCCUUUCAGUUGUUCAUGGCUUUCAUGGUGUCCGAUGCUUCAUGGGUCACUGUCAUCGCCCUCGCUUACUGCCUCGGGGGCACAAUCAACCACUCCAUGUCUCUCGCUAUCCACGAGAUCUCACACAACCUCGCGUUUGGGCACGCCAGACCGAUUGCAAAUAGAAUACUUGGCUUUCUAGCCAACUUACCACUAGGAAUUCCUGUAUCUAUUUCUUUUAGAAAGUAUCAUUUAGAACAUCACCGUUACCAAGGUGACACUGAAAAGGAUGUCGAUAUACCAACAGAUUUUGAAGGGAAGUUUUUUGUGAAUACGGCAACAAAAAUUCUAUGGGUAAUCUUACAGCCACUAUUCUACAGUAUACGUCCGUUUUUUGUUCGGCCAAAGGCGUUACAGCCCCUCGAGAUUGUUAACAUCAUUCUUCAGAUCUCAGUAGACGCCUUAAUUGUGUACUUCUGGGGCACGAAGUCGCUUGUUUACAUGAUCGCGGGUACGCUGCUAGCCACGGGGAUGCACCCGAUGGCUGGACACUUCAUCUCGGAGCACUACAUGUUUAAGGAGGGGUACGAGACCUACUCCUACUACGGACCGCUCAACUACCUGACGUUUAACGUUGGUUACCACAACGAGCACCACGAUUUUCCCAGCAUCCCCGGCUCACGUCUGCCCAUGGUGAGGAAGAUUGCACCUGAGUACUAUGACAAUCUACCCUGCCACACAUCUUGGGUAAAGGUCAUCUGGGACUUUGUAUUCGACCCAGCUAUCGGACCAUAUGCAAGAGUAAAGCGUCGCCCAAUCCCUGUCAACCCCUCCCAGAGCAUUGACCAACCUGACGACCAGGAUCCAGCCAGCGAUAGCAACGGUCUCCAAAGCAACGGGAACCAUGUCAAUGGAAUCCACGUAAAUGGAAACCAGCCGUCCAAAACUGAAAAGGCUGAAUGAAGCAUUCAUGAUGUUUGCAUUUCAAUACUGAGAUGUAGUGCUGGGAUAUUUACAGCUUGAAAGUGUAUGCCUUAAAAAAAGAUCUUUAUAAUACUGUGUACAGAUCCAUUUACUGAAAGCAAACAAGGCUUCCAUUGAACAUAAUAAAUGGGUAAUGUUUCAUGUAUUUGCACUAGAAAUUAUUACUCGCAGGUCUCUAUUGUAGAGGUGGCUUCAAUUCACAAGGAGAUGAAAGAUACAUGGGGACAGAAGGCAUAAAUAAAGGAACGUCUCUGAUACUGUUUAGCAAAAGCAAUUGCAGAAUAAGGCUUAUAGUUCAUUGGGUUUGUGAUGUUAAGUCAGUAUUGUUAUACUUUAGGUUCCCAUACCCAAUAACAGCAAUAUUUGUUAUCAUAUAUUAUACAAAAGUUUAUCAGUUUCUAUUUUUUGGUUCAUGAGUAAACUCCAUUAGAUGCAGUUCUAUUUUACAGACUUAAGUUCCUGUUUGCAGAAAAUAUAAUGUACUAGUACUAUAUUUUCAUUUUUUUUUUAAGAUUCUGUAAAUUAUUUAUUACAUAAUGUAUAUUUAAAUGUAUAUUUAAACUGAACAAUAAGAUUGUUUAUGACCGUGUUCAUGUAACUGAAACGUUCAUGUCUUCUUCAUUUUUAGUUUUAAAAAUAGAUUAAAUUGUUUAAAUAGAGUAAAUUGUUGUUUUUUUAAAUCAAUUUUUUAUUAAUAUGAAAGUUUUAUACAUUUGUAAUACUUGUCUAGUCGAAGUCAUGUGUAUUCAAGGCCUAGAUACAUUAGUUUUGUUUAUUUUAUAACUGUUUUUGUUGCAAUUUUUUUUACAUGAAAUCAAAAUAAUUAUUGACUAAGUACUACUCCAGUUGGCUUUUUAUUGUCUAAAACAUGUAUAACUUGUUUUAAAGGGCAUAUAUUUAUCAAUGUAGAGAUAAGGAAUUAGGAAGUAUUAUGUUUUAUUUUUUAUAUUUUAUGAACAACAAAGUUUAGCUUUAAGUGCCAGCUAGGUUUUACUAGCAUUGCCAAGCGUGUAUUUGGUGUGAUCUAAAUGUUGGAGCUAGUCUUGCCAUGAAAAAAUUGUCUGAAUGUAUUUCUAACUUCUGUUCAGGGCAGAACUUCGGAUCAGUUUUAAAUUAGUACUGCAGAGAACUUUUUAUUUGAUACAUGUGUUACAGAGCAUUCAUGUAUGUUUGUAAUUGAUAAAUAUGUUCUUCCUAUAUUUAUUGACUAGAUAAUGGUGUAUAUUCUGCUCAAUAAUGUAAGGAAGUUGUAAAAUGUUGUGUUCCUUGAACUUAAUGCUUUGUGCAGAAUGUUAUUGUAUAGUAUAAAUAUAGUAAUUUAAAAAUGUUUCAAGAAGGAACUCUCAGAACAUAUUAUUGUUGUUUGUGGUUAUUGCUGAUAUUGGGAAUGUAUUAGGAAUAUGAAGGAAUGUGUUGAUUGAAAACAAAUGUUUUUGCUGUUUAGUGCUGUGUAGUGCACCUGUUCUUUUAAGCCAGUUAAAGGCAUUGCAAAUGCCCUCUCAGCUUUUAAGUCUAUAUAAGUAAAUUUCAAGUUUUAUUGGCAUAUUCAGAAAGAACAUUUCUAGUGCACCAAUGUUUUGCCAGUAUCAUACAAAGGACUAUUUAUGUUGGUAGUUUAAUUUUAAAUGCUCAUUAUAUGCAUGCAAUUGCUUCUAUUUAAAAUUUCAAUGUACCUUAGCAAGGUCACUGAUUAAAUGUUAAAGCCGGAAUAGUGGAACUCUGCUGUCAAUUUAUGUCAUUGUUUGGUGUGCAUAACUUGAGUUACAGCAUUAUUGUUAUGUUGAUGUGCUUUAAGUAUUGUUGCAUUUAAUAAGGAUAAUUAACCAACGAAAAGAGUUUCUUCCAUAUAUGUGUUUAUAUUCGUGAUUUGUAUGGUCAAAGUAUUUACAGUUUAAUCAAGAGUUUAAUGUAUUGAAUCUGUUCAUUUCAUGUACUAAACACUACGUAUUACCAUUAAACCUGCACACCAUGCUGUUUGACAAACUAAUAAAACUAACACUUGUUAUAUAUAAACACAUGUUCAUUAAAAAAAAGUAUUGUGUUAGUAGUUCCAGUGUGAGGAAAAAUAAAAAAGGCUUAAAGUUU